UUGAAAGUUUAAAAACACAAAGUUUGUUUUUGCUCUAUCAUAAAUUUCAUGUAUAUUUUUAUAUACCUGAUGUGUAGAGAACUCAAUAUGAGAACAAAUUGAUGAGCAGGAAAGGAAUUUAAUUUAUGACGUACUUUUAUUGUAGAUUAGUCAUUUUAUAUGCGUAAGUAUGCGGUAGAUUUAAGUGACCAAAAUAAGGACAAAGUAAAUACCUAGUUGCCGGUAAAACAGCAGUCUGAGAGCAUGGAGAGUGACAUAGUGAUAAGAGACGCGACGCCUCAGGACCUCGCAGUGCGCGCAGAGCUCGUGCGCUGCAGCAUUACGGAAUAUGAUCUCGCCGCGUUCUUCUUGUUAUUCUUUCAAGAGUUGACGCUGCAGGCGUGCGUGCUGGGCGGCGCCGUGGUGUUCAUCUUCCUGGGCGGCGGCGCGGGCGCGGCGGCCGCGCUGCUGCUGGGCGUGGCGGGCGCGCUGGCGGCCGAAGAUUCAGAAGAGUUCUACAACUGCUUGACUCCUGGACAUUUCCUCACAGGCAGCCCUAUAUUGUCACUGCCGCUGGCGGAUUAUAGCAAUGCAAGCAAUAUUAACUUACGUCGCAGAUGA